GCGUUCGUGCCGAGACCGCGGCGUUUCGAGUCUUGCGUGCCGCCUCUUCGCUCGCGGCCGCUCCGACCGUCCAGAAUUCGCGCGGUACGUCCGGAGCACCGGUGUUACGCGCGAGUGCCGCGAGUCUGACCGACCGGUACCAGUUGACCGGUGGUGGUACCAGUUGACUUGGCGGUGGUACCAGUUGCCGUAGCAGCCGCAGCCGCGGCCGCGGUCGCAGUCCUGCGCUGCACUCCGUCACCAUUAAUCCGUCGCUCGUGUUCGUGCGCGUGUUCGCAGGUGAUCCAUCGCAGCCGCUGACGACCGAGAUAGAUUCCUCAAAGAGACGUGCGCUUGAGUAAACGCACCUCCGAGAAGAAUAGAGCGGCGAGAGGAGGUCACGCAUCGGGUUGACGACGACGGCACGAUCUCAGCGCCUUCUUUUCAUUUCCCUCGAGGGGCCACGCCGACCUCUCUUUCACGUCCGAGGAUUCAGGCGAGAUCCGAUCGCACGGGCGAACGCAGGAAACACGCCGGUUGCGGCAGGUCGCGAGGAACGGACCCGAAGAUGGUCCACGUUAUCUGGCCUUAUCGAUGAGAGGGACCACUCUGGCCGCCGGUACGAGCGACUUGACUAGAAAAGGAGACGCCCGAUAAAAAAAUGGGUCAAGCGUGGUGCAAGGAGAGAACCUCGAAGGCCCAGGACUCCAAGUCUCCGUUGGAUCGGGUUUUUGUGCGCUGCGCGCAUCGGAUUUAUCCAAGUUUAAAGGAGGAAGGCUCGGUCUUAGGAGGCGCCACGCAGAGAGUUACGAGCUCCGAAAUAGGAUACGCCGGUUCACCACCGAGGGAGGCGCUCACGAGGGGACGAAGCAUAGACUCCGUGGACAGGCCCUUUCAUCCUAGCGACUGGGUGGACGUCAAUCUCGAGGUGCCCAGCCCGCCUAGAGCGAGCUCGACCCUCACAAACGUGAUCCUCGACAACAGUCUGCGUUUCGCCAGCGCACCUACGUUCGGCUGUUCCAAUCUGAAGGACGUCAUCCCUGUGCCACCUCCGAGGCGAAAAAAAAGGAACCGGAGCAGACCCUUGCCGCCGAAACCGGACGAGAUUCCCGAGAACGUGGGCAAUAAUUUGAGACACGGCGAUACGAGCGAGGAACCGUUAUAUUUGUCGGUCAGAUCGCCGAAGACGAGUAGCAACGAGCAGAACGGCGACGUCGAGGCGCGGGGCGCGGGAAAGAUCGGCACAGAGGAUCCGAAGUAUGACGGUCGGAGGUCGAGGGAGAUUUACGAACACAAGGUUAACGGCACCGGAAGGAUAAUAUCCAGCGAGGUGGUUUCCGGCAGGAGGACGCCCGCCGACAAGAAAACUUGGAGGACCUCGGAAUCGAGCCACCAUCACCGGAAAGUUCUCGAGAAUGAAGAAUACGAGAGAUGCGCUCGGAAUCAGUCGAUCAAGGACUCUUCGGCUCCUAAUCGCCAGGACAGACGGAAGUCGAAGGAGCUCGAGAGGCGGAUCAGGGACGCCUCGAGGGACGACGACAGACCGGAAGCAAAUACAAGGACCAAGAAUUACAGCACCGUUAGCUUGCCGAAUUACGAUGAGCUGGACGUGUCUAGGCAUCCUGCGAAAGGCACGACGAGCGACGAGGGAAGCGCGGGAGAGAAAAUGAAGCCGAAGAGACCCGUCAGAAGCAGUACUGUCUCGCUUCCGGCCGAAUCUUUCCUGUCACCCUUUUCCGAGAAAACCAGCGUGUGUCUGGAAGACUACAUCCCGCGACGUGGCAGCAUCGAGCACCUGUCGCUGUAUCAGGUGCUGGGCAAGUUGGGCUCCAGCGAGAACGAGGUCACCGACGGCGGAUUCAUGAAGUACGAUCCGAGUAAAUUGGAGGAUUGGGACCUCAGUGACAUCAGUAAUUGCGACUCGAACCAACGUCCCUCUAUCGAGAAUACGCCGCGGAUUGAAAUCCAUAACGACGAACCUGCGGAAAGUGGACCUUCCGAUGGUGUAGACGUUGUCGACCACCCACGAAAUGUCGAACCCGGCGAAGCUGAGGCGAUUGAGAUGAAAAUCUCGUGCGCUCAAGAUAUGAUUUCAUCGUUGCAGAAACCCGAAUCUUUCGGCAUGGCGGCAUCGCCAGUAAAUGAUUCCGGCAGAGAAUCCAAAUAUCCCGACGACUGGCCAGAUCAAAACAGGCCGUUAAGGUAUUUCGAUCCUCCCAAGAUGUCGGAAAUCUGUCAAGUACCGUCGAUUUGCGAGCUGGUGACCUCUCCAGUUCGUAGGGAACCGUUUUUUCUAAACGAGGAUCUUCAUCACUCAGCUUUUGAUACGAUCGAAGGGUCCUGCAGGAACGGCGCCGUCAUCCGGGAAUCCGAUCGAUCCGACCAAUCGAGGCUGAUCUUCGGCCGUAGCUUGUCAAACGAGAGCGAGCCGUACGACGAUCCGUACGAGUCCAAGGAGUUGCGUGCACAUUCCGACGUAACGAACAAGUUAAUCAGAACGAUAUCGGAGGAGUCGCUGCCGCAGGAGAUGCUGGAGGGGGUCGACGAGAUCGUCGACUUCUUCGACGAGAAGCUGGCCAAGGACGCGACCAACAAAUUGAAGAAGGAUUGCCAGGAUCAGCGGGUAAAGACGCCACCGCCGAGUCCGGAGCCAAAGAUCAAAGCCCAGAUCCUGGAUAACGAUCAUUCGACCUUGCUCAAGGUUCUAAAUGACGAGGCAGCCGACGGAAGUAAUCUCAGCUCGAUGACGCCAAGCCUCACCGAGCUGGAGGCGGCACUUUCGGACAUGCUAGAGAAGGAGGAUCAGCCCGACGAAAUUAUGAAGCGAGAGAACGCGGGCGAGGAAUGCAAACCGGCUUCCGCGGAGAAGCUUCUCGAGCCGGAAAUCGUGCCCGUGGAGAAACGCAGCGCGAUCGACAGAAGCGUGUCGGAACAAUGUCGUUCAAUUAACGAUGACAUUCUAGUCGAUAGUACGCCUGAGAACAAGACAGAUCGGUUGUCUUUAGAACAGCUCCUCGGAGACUCGACGUCGACGCCGAAGAAAAGAAAGGUGUCUUUCUGCACCUGGGAAGAGAAAGUCAUGAUGGACGUCGAUUUGAAAGAUGACGAGGCAUCGCCACGCAAUGAGAUGCCGAUCAAUUUAGAGGAGGCGACGACUCCCAAUUUCAAGGAUUCUGUUCCAAUUAAGUCGGAAUUAGAAUCAAGCUCGGAAACUUUUCUCGAAAGCGUCGUAGGUGAUAUAAAAGAUAGCGCGAGCUCUGCGGGAGAAGCGUCCGAGAAAGCUGCUAGCUUGUUUCAAAAUUUGGAAGACGUAGCGGAGGAUUUGGGACAAAUCCCCACGCCGCCACGCAGGAGGAACAAAAGUUUAGGUGCCGCAAAAGAGUCGGUCAGGACUGUAGACAAUUGUCACGAAGAUCCUGGUCCCAAUGACAGACUCAUUUAAUAAUUUCCGAUUACGUCAUCUUGUAAUCUUUUCACUCUUGUAUGAUCGUGCGCGAUAAUAUGGUCCUACAAUUUUUGUGCCACAUUGUUGAUAUGUUUAAUACAUUAAUUCAUAAUCGCUAUAAGCUAAUAAUCAUAUAAUUAAUAAUAAAAAUAAAGAAAGAGUGUAACAUAUACUAUACAUUGCUAUGUCCAAGUGUCUUUCACCUGUUUAACGAAAAUAUCGCUACACUAUAUAUACACAAGCUAUCACAAAAUUAUAGAGAUAUAAAAAUUGAAGGAUUCCGUUAGAUUAGGCUAAACAUGAAAAAUAGUUUAAAUGACUAAAAUAAUAAAUUGCCAUUCAGAGAAUAAAUAGCAAACCUUUAUUUUAUACUUAAUAUUUAAGAAAUAUAAACAGAAAACUUUAACACGAUGCUUAAUUAUUCAAUGUCUAUUAUUAAAAGAAUAACAAAAUAUAAAAGAAAAAGUUCUCAGAUAAAAAAUUCCUUAGUCCGAUGCUCUUGCCAAGAAAAUUUUUAAUUCAUCUAACAAUACACAAAUAAAAUUUGUAAGUAUAAUUUAGUGACGUAUAAAGAACUCGACACUGUUACCACAUAAAAGUUACGCGCACAACGCGGUAGAUGAAUUAGGUUUCGAAAACAAGCAACGCUUUAUACGAUGCGAAGUAAUAAUCAAGCAUAGACAACGAGAUUUAUCUCACUGGUGAUAAGCGACACUUUUAUUUCUCUUCUGUGCCACGUAGGGAAACCUGGAUUUGAAAAAUAUUUUCCAUGUAGCGCAAAAGAAAUCGAGUUGGACCGUUAUAUCACAUGGAGAGACAAAUAUUUUCCCAUACGAGCGUAACAGCGAGAACAAAUAACCAGACCUCUGCGAAUUUCUUGGCGAACGUACACGUCCUAUAUUGAUGCUGCAUAUUUUUCUUUUACACUUUCCUACAUGCAGUAAUUAAGUGUGAUUAAAUAAUCUAAAAAAAAA